AUGGCUUCUAAUAAAUGUGUCUGCGAUGAUUCUCUUUGUGGGGUAUGCACAGGAUGAGGAUCAGGACUAUGCACUACUUGUUCUUCAAAUACUUCGGGAGGUGGAUCGAAUCCUUGCUCUUGCAGCUCAGGGUCUUAUAGCGCAGAUGGAUUUACUUGUACAAGCUGUCCAGCAGGAUGCUCCGGAUGUACAGGUGGCAGCUAUUAUCAGUGUAGCUCUUGCCUAACAGGCUAUUAUUUCUUAACCACAAUGUGCCUUAGUUCAUGCCCUACAGGCUACACACAAGAUUCGACUAAUUCUACCUCCUUAAUGCGAGCAAAAGAUUAAAAAGUUACUAUUGUUUGAAAUAAUAACCCCUUCAAGAUGAAAAAAUAAUUUUAAUAGUAAGAUCUCUAGCUAAUUCUAUUAAAUUUUAGAUAGCUCAUUUCUUUUCAAUCACAAUUUUUUUUUUCUUUAAAAAAAAAAAUUAUAUAUAAAUAUAAUUAUUUUUAAAUUAUCCCCCCUUUUUAAACGGGCAAGAUUUUUUUCUGCUAGUUCUUAAAGGGUGCUGUGAGUAACAAAAUUUGCUCACUGUCCACAACCAAUGCUCUCUCAUUAGUUUUCCAGAAUCAAAUUGCUCUUGACACUCUCAGUGGAGUUACAGUAGGGUCAUCUAAUACAAACAAAUACCCAAAUUGGGAAGCAACUGAUCCAAUUCCUUCCAUUUAUAGAGGCUAUUACUUUACAGCUGAUUAUUAUAUGACAUUGUCCUCUCUACAAAUAUCCCCUUAUUUCGCAAUCACUAUAUGGAUAAAUCCUUCAAACUUGGCUUCAGGAACUGGUCAUGUCGUAACAAAGUACAGUACUGACAAUUAUUUUUAUUUGUCUAUUAAUUCCAGUGGCUACCCAUCUCUUAAGCUUAUUCUCAAGGAUACUUCUACAGUCACUCUUUCAGGCUCCACAAGCCUAUUCAGCGCAUGGCAUAAUAUAGCGUUUACAGGUAAAAUUGAUACAAAUGGAAAGACAGUUAUAACUUUGUAUGUUGAUGGGUCAUCCAUAAAUAGUGCUACUUCAGCUAAUGCAUCUCCCUAUAUCGACCAAGGAACACUUUAUAUUGGACGGCAAUCAUACUCGAAUGGGUUUGUAGGUUUUUUAUGGAGUGUUAAAAUUUAUAAUGAUAAUACUCUUUAUAAUUCUGAGUGAAAAACAUCUGGAUGUGCGAGUGGAUGCACGAAAUGUCCAUCAGAAUUACUUUGUCCUAGUACUUGUGCUUUUGGAACGUUUUUAUCUUCAGGAUCUUGUGUGUCAUGCUCUGGAUGCUCUAGUUAUGGAUGCAGAAGUACUGAUACUUGCAGACUUUGUAAAUAUAAAGAAUGCACAGCGUGUAAUUUAUUUGAUGGGGAUUGCACAGCUUGCAUUACAAACGCUAGCUUGUCAGGAGGGGUUUGCUCUUGCAAUUCUAAUACUAUUUGGGCUUCUGCAACCUCAACAUGCGAACUAUGUGACAGCCUAUGCUCAACGUGUGCUGGAACUUAUUAUUUCCUUUGCAAUGCUUGUAGUGGCUCAGCAGUUCUUGCAGGAAAUGUUUGUUUAAAUGCUUGCCCAUAUGGGUUUACUACAAGUCCAUCAUGCACAAGUAUUUCAACCACUGUUAUAGAUCAAACAUUUGACACCGACUUUUUAGGGGCUUAUGGGAUUUUCACCACUGGAACUUCGGCUUCUACUUAUAGAAAAUUCCUGGGGAUAGCGCGGAAUGCGCUAUCCCCAGGACCAAACCGGGAUCGGAUCCCACAUGGAACGAGGGUUCCAUGUGUGGAUCCAUUUUUGACACGUGAAAGUAAAUAUCUCACAUGUCAAAAAUGGAUCCACACAUGGAACCCCCGUUCCAUGUGUGGAUCCGAUCCCGGUUGGUCCUGGGGAUAGCGUAUUCCGCGCUAUCCCCAGGAAUUUAGUAUAUCAGUUUUGGAACAGUCCUGAAUCGUUGGAUCCUAUUCCUGCUUAUAAAAGAGGUCUCUAUUUCACUGGUGGACAAUAUUUAGUAUCAAAUACGAACAUUUAUUUAAGCAACAGUGUAUCAAUGGGAUUAUGGGUAUAUGUGGUGACUGCUGGCGAUAUCCUUCAAAAACAAAGCAGACUAUCACUAAGCUCAGCCGGAGUCGUGAAGGCGACUCUAGAAAGUACAUCUCAAUCUACAAUAUCAGCAUCAACUGCAUCUUUGUCAUUUUCAGGGUGGAUUUAUCUCUCUUUUACAAUUGCUUAUACAAGCGGAGCAACAACAAUUACCGCAUAUAAAAAUGGAUCUGCUGGGACACCAGUUUCAAAUACAGCUUAUCUUUUCAGGGAUUUAUCUUCUGAUAUUUUAUAUCUCGGUAAAAGCUCAACAUCUUCUAGCUUUGUCGGCUUUAUUUAUUACUUCAGCUUAUGAAAUACUGCAAUCACUGAUUUUUCAUCUAAAAUUUCUGUACCUUGCGGAACUACUAGCUCCCCUUCUGCUUGUCUCUGGACUUGCUCUAUUACUCAAUACUAUGGCACGUCGUCAUAUACAUCAUGCAGUGGUAGCAGCUGUGGAAAUUUAGGAUGCAGAAGAUCAGGAUCUUGUAAUAUUUGUAGCGAUCCUCUAUGUGCUAAAUGUUCUGGCUUUGGAUCUAAUUCAUGCUACCUGUGUGUUUCCCAUGCUUCUGGAGGAUCAACAACUGCUUGCUCAUGUGAUGCCAACUAUUAUACUUCGGCAGAUGGUUUUUCAUGCCUUUUUUUAUGCAAAGCUCAAUGUGCUAGCUGCUCAGGAUCAGGAUAUUACCAAUGCACAGCUUGUGCAACAGGCUACUACUAUUUAAAUGGGCUUUGCCUUACAUCAUGCCCAACUGGAUAUACUCAAGAUUCCACAAACAACCAAUGCACUUUAAUUUCCAGCACUCCUGUUUCCCUUGCCUUACAAAACUAUAUUAUGCUUGAUAGUGUCGGUGGUUUUACUGUUGGUUCCUCAAGCUCUAAUAUAGGCCAUGCCACUAUAUAGAUUUCUUUAUCGAGCAUAAUACAAUGGACGAUUGAAAGACCAGUUCAGACUCUAUCAAAGGGACAAGCUGGAUCUCUAUAGCAGGAAGGGUUAAAAAGUGAUAUGUCAAAAAUGGUUGAAAAAUGCGAACAAAGCUGACAAGCAAAUGCGCCAAUUUUUUAAUGGCUUUAUUAUAAAAAAUUAAUUUUAAAUUAAAGAUACCAUUUAGACUCAUUUUGAUAAGUAUCUUACCUAUUUUUUCCUUCUUUUUGAGGAAGCUAAAAUAAAAUUAUAAAUCUCUUCCUUGAUGCAACAUAUAACUCCAACUUUAAUAUUACUUUCCUAGAAAUUUUAAAAAUCAAACUUUUUUUAUAACUCCCCCCCCUCCGUGAGUGAACAAAAAAAUUUUGUUCACUCACAGAGGGGGGUUAAAUUUUUUUUUGUUAAAAAAAUUUAUAUAUAAAUUUUAUAAAAAAAUAUUUUUUUUCGAAAUUUAAAAAAAUCCUAAUUCGCAAAAAUUGGGAGGCAAAUAUUAAUUCAAUUUGAAAAAUUUAUGUUUUAAAAAGCAAUUCGUUUAAAAUUAAAAAGAAUUAGCUCUAUAUUUUAUUAUACUAAUUAUCAUUUAUAUAUUAAAACUUUUUCCCAUAAAAAAUUUUUCUUUAAAAAAUUUUUGUUCACUCACGGAGGGUGGGUUUUUGGGCAAAAAAUAUGGAUUUUUCUAAUGGUUUUGUUCACUCACGGAGGGGGGAGUAAGCGAUUUUUCAAUUGCAAUUGAAACAUAAUUGUUACUUUGAUAGUGCUCUCUAAGGUCUAAAGAUCAUAGAGACUCUUAAUUUUUAUUUAAAAAUUAUUUGUAAAAUUUAUUGCCAUCUUUAUAUAUAGUUUUUUAAUUGAAUUUCAAAUAAUCAAAUUUUUAAAAUACGAUUUUCGGCGAAAAUUGAAACAUAAGCAUUAUUUCAUUAGUUUUCUUUACUGCUAUAGGCCGUAGCGACUCUUAAUUUUCAUUGACAUAAAAUUCCUUAUGAUGCAAUACCAUCUUUAUAUGGCUUUUUGUAAUGUACUUCAAAAAUCAAUUUUUAAUAGACAGUUUUCAAUCAUAAUUAAACAUAAGUAUUUCUCUAUUAGUUUUUUCUAUAGCCUUUAAAUGUCAUAGCGACUCUAGAAUUAUACAAGAAAAGUAAUUUAUCAAUAUCUAUUUCUCUAUAAUUCAUAAUAUAUAUAAUUCGAUAGAAAAUAAUUUAAAAUUAAUUUUUAUUAUAAAGCCAUUUUAAAAUUUGGCAUAUUUACUUGUCAGCUUUGUUCAUAUUUGUCAAUUAUUUUCUUAUAUGUCACUUUUUAACCCUUUCUGUCAUAGAGUCUAUUUGAUAGAGUCUGAAUUUGUCAUUCAACCGUCCAAAACAUUUUGUUUGAUAAAGAAAUCUAUAUAGGGAUAUGGGCUAUACUUAUCCAUCAUGAACAGACUCAGCAGACCCUGUGCCUUCAAUAUAUCGAGGCUAUUAUUUUACAACUUCAGCAUCAAUGUCUAUGACCUCCCCAAUAAUCAUCACUCCAUUCUUUACUGUUACAAUUUGGGUAAAGGCAGCAGGUUCAGGUAUCUUGCUUCUUAAGCUCGAUGGGUCUAAUAACAUGUUCAAAAUUACUUUUGAAGCUUCAGGACAACCAACAAUAACGCUAAGGCUCUCAGAUUCUUCUGUAGUUACAUUAAGUGGAGGGGUAAGUUUGUUUAAUACUUGGCACAAUAUUGCUUAUACCGGAGACAUUGUAAGUGGAAAUACAAAAAUUUACUUUUAUACUGAUGGAGUACUAAAGUCAAACCAAGUUUCAGGGACUGCAUCUCCAUUUGCUGACUCGGGAUAUUUGUCCUUGGGCAUGUCAAAUGGAUCCUUUGGGUUCAUUGGAUUUUUAUGAAGCUUAAAAAUAUUUAACGGAAAUACACAUUAUAAUGACGAAUGAAUCACAACUGGCUGCCCGAGUGGGUGCUCCACUUGCCCUUCUGAAAAGCUCUGCCCAGAUACUUGCGUUUUUGGAUCGUUUUCAGCUUCUGGGACUUGCACAACAUGCCCUGGAUCUUGUUCUCCUCACGGAUGCAGAAGCACUGAUACUUGUGUACUUUGUAAGUAUAAGGAAUGCACAGCAUGCACUUUAUUUGAUGGGGCCUGCACAGCUUGUAUUACAAAUGCUAGCUUGUCAGGAGGGGUUUGCUCUUGCAAUUCUGGCAAAUUUUUAGUUUCUUCAACUUUAACAUGCGAAUCGUGUGAUAAUUUGUGCUCAACUUGUGCUGGAACUUAUUAUUUCCUUUGCAGUGCUUGUAGUGGUUCUGCAGUGCUUGCAGGAAAUGUUUGCUUAAACGCUUGCCCAUAUGGAUUUUCUACAAGUGCGUCGUGCACAAGUAUAUCAACCACAGUUAUAGAUCAAACAUUUGACACCGACUUUUUAGGGGCUUAUGGGAUUUUUAAGACAUCAAACUCAGACACUACUUAUCUUAUUAUCUUUACUUAAAACGAUCUAGACUCGCAGCCCUCCACUUAGCGUUCACUACAGGAUCGCCGCACCAGAGCUUCCGUCAUAUUGGUGCAUGUCAGGCUUACAGGCCCCUGGGCCGACCUACGUUGAUUCGCCAAGACAGGCUUGGAAACGACAUUGCUAACUUCGAUAGCUCAAGAGCGGAUGAAUUCUGUCGUUCUUGGCGCUGUGUAGCAACUAAAGGCUCCUUCACUAUCACUGACCUUUCAGAUUCUCUAGGGAUAGGCAGAGUCAGGUACCUCAAAAUUGCUUGAUGUCUUCAUGUAAAUCCAAGCUUCAUAAUUAGAAAAUAUAAAAUGCAGAAUGAGCGCUGCCGAUUUGCACCGGCACCUUACUAAUGUUGCCAUUUUAUGAUUAUACAGACACUACUUAUCAAUUUUGGAAUAAUCCAGACAGUACAGAUCCUGUUCCUGCUUAUAAAAGAGGUCUCUAUUUUUCGAGCGGGCAGUUUUUAGUAUCAAAUACAAACAUAUAUUUAAGCAGCAGUGUUUCUAUGGGGUUAUGGAUUUAUGUGAUAAGUGCAGGGGAUAUCCUUCAAAAACAAACCAGACUCUCAUUUAGCUCAUCUGGAGUUGUUAAGGCAACUCUAGAAAAUCCAUCUCAAUCUACUACAUCAGCAACGACUACAGCUUUAUCAGCAUUUUCAGGAUGAACUUAUCUCUCUUUUACGAUUACUUAUACAAGCGGAGCAACAACUAUUACAGCUUAUAAAAAUGGUUCUGCUGGAACAACACUCUCGAAUACAGCUUACAUUUUCAGAGAUGCAGGCUCUGAUUAUUUAUACAUCGGCAAGAGCUCUUCUUCUAAUUUUUCUGGUUUUAUUUAUUACUUUAGUUUAUGAAAUACUGCAAUCACUGAUUUUUCAUCUAACUCCUCUAAUUACCCUUUUAAAAAUUUUAUCAAAAUUUUCGUUGAUGAAAUUAUAAAAUAGUUAUAUUUAAAAUGAUUAUUUUCUCAAUUUGAUUACCCAAUUAGGUUUUAAAACCUGGCAAGAUACCUACUUAACCGAAAAGUUUUAAAAACUCUAAAGAGCAUGAAAAUAAGCAUGCUAUUGAUUAUGUAGAAUAAGUUUUCUGUCCCAUGCGGUACAAGCUUAGUCACUUCCUGCCUUUGGUCUUGCACUAUAGCACAAUACUAUGCUUCGUCAUCUUGUGCAUCAUGCAGUUGUAGCGGUUUAGGAUGCAGAAGAGCUGGAUCAUGCAAUAUCUGCUAUGACCCCUUAUGUUCUCAAUGCUCAGGUUUUGGAGCCAAUUUGUGCACUUUGUGUGUCAAUCAUGCAUCUGGUGGAUUAACAACUCCUUGCUCAUGCGAUGCCAAUUAUUCUCUUUCAGCUGAUGGUUUUUCUUGUACAGCAUAGUACCAGUGUUUAUCGCAUUGGCUAUCUGAUGCCGCUCAACUGUAGAGUUGAACAAGACAACAUCAUUUGCCAAUUAAACUCCACUAGUUGGCAAGUGACUAUAUUAAUUUCGGUUAGCAAACUGAUGUUGUCCGAGCCAAUUCUGCCAGUUGAACAGCAUCAUAUUGUACAGGACGAUCAAUACUUGCUCUAGACUAUACUUUUAGUUGUUCCACUGGAUGUGCUGGAUGCUCGGGACCAUUAUAUUAUCAAUGCACUUCCUGCUUAGCAAGCUAUUUCUAUUUAAGUGGGCUUUGCCUUAGCUCAUGCCCAACUGGAUACACCCAAGAUUCAACUAACCACCUAUGCACUAUGUCUUCAAGCACUGCUGCAUCUCUUGCUUUGGAAGAUUUAAUUAAUCUUGACGCAGUUAGUAGUUUUACAGUCGGAUCUUCUAACUCAAACACAUAUCCCUCAUGAACAGAUUCAGCUGACCCUGUGCCUUCUAUUAACCGCGGCUAUUAUUUUACCAGUGCAUCAUCAAUGUCUUUGAGCUCUUUAAAAAUCAGUCCUUUUUAUACAGUCACAAUGUGGGUAAAGCCAACACUUCAAGGCAACCUUUUUCUUAAGCUGAAUGGAUCUACCGAGAUGUUUAAAAUUGUGUUCACGUCUUCAAAGUACCCAGCAAUUACCUUAAUUCUUCAAGAUUCAUCCACAGUUACACUGUCAGGGUCCUCUGAUUUAUUCAAUAGCUGGCACAAUAUAGCUUUUACUGGUGACAUUGUAAGUGGAAAGACCAAAAUAUUUUUCUACACAGAUGGAUCAUUAAUAUCGAGCCAGCAAUCUACAAAUAUGUCACCUUUUAUUGACGCUGGAUCAUUAUAUCUUGGACAUUCUAAUGGGGCAAACAGCUUUACCGGAUUUUUAUGGAGCGUAAAAAUAUUUAAUGAAAACAGUCAUUCCCUUGAUGAGUGAAAGACAUCUGGCUGCAUAGGAUCAUGCUCCAAUUGUCCUUCUGAGCUAAAAUGCCCUGACAAUUGUGAUUUUGGGUCAUUUUAUUCAUCUGUAUGUGUAACCUGUUCUGGAUCUUGUUCACCUUAUGGAUGUAGGAGUUCUCUGACUUGCAGGCUAUGCUUGCAAAAAGAAUGUAAGGAAUGCACAUUAUUUGAUGGGCCAUGCACAAGCUGUAUAGACCGAGCCACCUUAGCCAGCGGAGUUUGUGCCUGUGAUUCCAAUGCUAUUUGGGUUCAAUCUUCUCAGACCUGCGAAUAUUGUGAUUCUUUAUGCACUCAAUGCGCAGGAUCAUACUAUUUUCUCUGUAGUACUUGUAUAGCUAGCAAAAUUCUAGUAGGAAAUGUUUGCUUACUCGAGUGUCCUUAUGGCUUUGGAGCAGGCUGUUCGAGUGUUACUUCUCAAGUUAUAACUCAAUCUUUUGACCAGAAUUUUGCAGGAUCUUACGGAAUAUUCACAACAGCUGCAAGCUCAUCGCUUUAUCAGCUUUUUAACACUCCUGAAACCAACGAUCCCAUUCCUGCAAAGAGCAGAGGGCUCUAUUUUUCGAGCGGAAAAUAUUUAGAAUCAAACAUUGAUGUUUAUUUAUCUUAUAGUUUUUCUCUUGGAUUUUGGGCUUAUGUUGAAACUGCAGGAGAUUUAUUUGAAAAACAAAACCGAUUAAUUAUCAAUUCUAGCGGUGCUGCAACAAUUAUAUUAGAAAGCCCAAGCUUAGCUACAGCAACAGUUACUACUGGAGUGAUAAGCUCUUCAGGCUGGUCAUACUAUUCAAUAACUAUAGCAUACUCUUCAGGUUCCACCACAGCUACAGUAUACAUAAAUAACAUUGCAGGAACUCCAAGCAGUGCAGCCAACUAUAGAACUUUCUCUUCAAUAGCGCGAUAAGGCGCAUUCCUAGGUUUUACCGGAGGGUCUUGGACAUAUGAAAAACCUGCUAUUCCUUAUUCAUGGGGGAGACAAAAAGCCUAAAUAAAGAAUUCUGCCUGAUCAAUCUCGAGAACUUGAAGAGAGGCUGUGUGGAAAAUUACAUUUUGGUUCGUCAAAUGGAUCUGAGGAGCCAAUUCUGGCCAGUACUUGAAAUAAAAAAUGAUAGUUGCCAGAAUUUUAUUAAUUUUCUGAUGAUGAAGAGUAUGAUCAGAAUUUUAAUAAAUGGCAAGGAUCAGACAACUUAUUCCUUUCAAACUGAUCUAAUAAUUCCUUUGGUAAUAAUAAUAUAGCAUUCAUCACACGCAAAUUUCUCCUUUAGAAAUUUUGAUUCCACCCAGUCUCCACUGUCAUCAUUAGUGACUAUGGGAAACUAAUUUAUGAAUAUUAAUACUGGCUAUAUCUUUUUCAGGCAGUAAAAAGAGUUCAUGGAGUUGUACUUGCACUGCAAGUUUUCGCUUUAAAACGUCUAUUAAAAAUUUACUUUUUGGAUUUUUAAAAUUCUAUAAAGAUGGAGAUAGUGACAAUAGAAAAAAACUCAAGUUAUGAAAAAUACUACUGGCUACAUCUUUUUAAGGCAGCAAAGAGAGUUCAUGGAGCUAUACUUGCACUUGAAGUUUCACAUGAAAACGUCUAUUAAAAAUUUACUUUUUGGAUUUUUAAAUUCUAUAAAGAUGGGCGAUAGUGACUUUGGAAAAACUCAAAGUUAUGAAUAUUACUACUGGCUACAUCUUUUUAAGGCAGCAAAGGGAAUUCAUGGAGUUGUGCUUAUAAUUUAAGCUUUGCUUGAAAACGUCUAUUAAAAAUUUACUUUUUGGAUUUUUAAAAUCAUAAAGAUGGCUAUUGUGGCAAUGAAAAACUCGAGUUAUGAAAAAUACUACUGGCUGCAUCUUUUUCAGGCAGCAAAGAGAGCUCAUGGACUUGUGCUUAUACUUUAAGUUUUGCUUGAGGACGUCUAUUAAAAAUUUGCUUUUCGGAUUUUUAAAUUUCAUAAAGAUGGCUAUAGUGACAAAGAAAAACUCGAGUUUAUGAAUAUCACUACUGGCUGCAUCUUUUUUAGGCAGCAAUGAGAGUUCAUGGAUUUACGCUAGUACUUGAAGUUUCGCUUGAAAACGUCUAUUAAAAAUUUGAUUUUUGUAUAUUUAAACUCUAUAAAGAUGGCGAUAGUUACUAUAGAAAAACUCAUUUAUGAAUAUUACUACUGGCUGCAUCUUUUUCAGGCAGCAAAGAGAGCUCAUGGAGUUGUGCUUGUACUUUAAGUUUUUCUUGAAAUCGUCUAUUAAAAAUUUGCUUUUUGGAUUUUUAAAUUUCAUAAAGAUGGAGAUAGUAACUCUGGAAAAACUCAAGCUAUGAAAAAUACGACUGGCUGCAUCUUUUUCAGGCAGCAAUAAGAGCUCAUGGAGUUAUACUUGUACUGUAAGUUUUCCUUAAAAUCUUCUAUUAAAAAUUUACUUUUUGGAUUUUUAAAAUUCUAUAAAGAUGGAGAUAGUGACUAUGGAAAAACCUGACUUAUGAAUAUCACUACUGGCUACAUCUUUUUCAGGCAGCAAUGAGAGUUCGUAGACUUGUGCUUAUACUUUAAGUUUUGCUUAAAAUCGUCUAUUAAAAAUUUGAUUUUUGUAUAUUUAAAUUUCAUUAAGAUGGCUAUCGUGACAAAGAAAAACUUGAGUUAUGAAUAUCACUACUAGCUGCAUCUUUUUUAGGCAGCAAUGAGAGCUCAUGGAAUUGUGGUUGCACUUUAAGUUUUGCUUGAAAAGGUCUAUAUUAAAAAUUUGCUUUAGGAUUUUUAAAUUCCAUAAAGAUAGCUAGCGAUUGAUAUAGGCACCAAGACAAAGCAUUUGUUAUAAGACAUUAAUCAAUUUAGCGUAAUAAAUAUUUUUUAAGUGGGUUUUCUGAUCCUAUGCCAUUUUAUUAAAAUUCUGAUCAUACUCUUCAUCAGAAAAUUAAAUAAAAUUCUGGCAACUAUCAUUUUUUAUUUCAGGUACUGGCCAGAAUUGGCUCGUCAGAUCCAUUUGACGAACCAAAAUGUAAAUUUCCACACAGCCUCUCUUCAAGUUCUCGAGAUUGAUCAGGCAGAAUUCUUUAUUUAGGCUUUUUGUCUCCCCCAUGAAUAAGGAAUAGCAGGUUUUUUCAUAUGUCCAAGACCCUCCGUAAAACCUAGGAAUGCGCCUUAUCGCGCUAUUGAAGAGAAAGUUCUAUAUAUUUUUAGAGACAUUAUUUCUCAGACUAUUCUAAUUGGCAAAAGUACUUCUUCAAGCUUCGCUGGGUUUAUUUAUAAUUUCAAUCUGUGGAAUAGUCCUAUUACUGACUUCAGUUCUCACUCCUACCCUUUAAAAUUAGAAUACAAACUUUUGUUCCAUUUAAAGGGAAUUAAUUGUUUUCUUUAAUAAAAAUUUUAUAUUAAAUUUUUCUCUAUAAAAUAUUUUUAUAAAAAAUACACAAUAUUUUUGAAUUUUAAUUUAUUUUGCGAAAAAUUAAUUCAAAUAUUCAUCGAUUCAUGUAAAAAAACUCUUUACAUAAUAUAUUUAAUUGCACUUUCUCUUUUAAUUAGGUUUAAAACUAAUUGUAGAGUAAUUUGUAUUUCACCAAUAAUAUUUUCCUAUUAAAAAUAAAUUUCCAAUUUAAAGUGCCCAAAAAAGCAAAUUUUACCUAUAUUUUGUUCCAAUCAAGAGGGAAAAUCAUGUAAAUAAUGAUAUUUGCGGAACAGGAAAUGGAAGCGAUUGCUUAUGGGCUUGCGGUUUUGGAUCCUAUAAAGACACUGGAGGAUCAUGCUCUCUUUGCAAUAGUUGCUCUAAAGGCUGCGUAAGGGCAAAAUCAUGCAAUGUGUGUGAUGAUAAACUCUGCAGCGUAUGCACAGGGUUUGGAUCAAAUCUUUGCACAAGUUGCGUUACCUAUGCGUCAGGAUCUCCAUGCUCAUGCGAUCCAGGGUAUUCUUUGUCAACAGAUGGGUUUUCUUGUGUUAUUUGCAGCACAGGAUGCUCUUCUUGCAAUGGGUUUAACUAUAACGAAUGCACAGCUUGCAUUAGUCCUAAUUAUUAUGUAACCAAUCUCUGUGAGCCUAGCUGCCCCACUGGAUAUACUCAAAACUCUUCUACUCAUAAUUGUGACUUAUCUUCAUCACUUGCAUUGUCUUUGAAUCUUAUUGAUCAGCUUCGUCUUGAUACUGUAAGUGGGUUUACUGUUGGGAGUGACAGUACAAAUACUUAUCCCAGCUGGGAUAAUUAUGAUCCUAUUCCAGCUAUUCAAAGAGGGUAUUACUUUACAGGUACAAGCUAUAUGACUUCCAGCUUAAAGUUUAGUCCUUAUUUUUCCCUAUCUUCUUGGGUAAAAGGAUUAAAUGAUGGCUACUUUUUAACAAAAUACGAUACUUCAGUGUAUCUUUCGAUAUCUUUUGCAGGCGGAAUUCCAACGCUUACAAUAAAACUAUUUGCGGGAACGACGAUUUCAGUCUCAGGAGCUUCAAGCAUUUUUAGUUCUUGGAGAUUUUUAUCAUUUUCUGGGGAAAUUUUAAGUGAUGGCACUACAAAGAUUAUCUGCUAUUAUAAUGGCGUUUCUGUUAACACUCAAAUAUCAGGAUCCCAAAGCUUUCUCAGGGAUAGUACUUCAGGAAGCUUAAUUUUAGGUACAGAUCAAGCAUUUGCAAAUGGCUUUAAAGGAUAUGUUUGGAAUCUGCACAUAUAUAAUGACAAUAGUUAUGCGAUAACUGAUUGGGUUACUUCAGGAUGUAAUGGCUGCUCACAUUGUCCUGCAGAUUUAACCUGCUUAAGUGAAUGCAGCUUAAAUACAUAUCCAGCCUCUUGCUCUCCAUGUAAAGGAACGACAUGCAAUUAUGGCUGCGUGAGAGGUUCAACAUGCAGGCUUUGCAAAGCCAAAGAAUGUUUAUCUUGCAAUUCUUUUACUGGAGCUUGCCUCAGCUGCAUAUCAAAUGCAAGUCUUUCAGGAACGACUUGCCAAUGUAAUCCAAAUGCUGCAUAUUCUGAUACAUCAGAGAGUUGUGAGCCUUGCAACAGUGCAUGUGCUUUAUGCUCCAUCCCAACGUGAGCUGGCUGUAUUUCAUGCUCAAGCACUCGUUAUCUGUUCGAAAAUUUAUGCAUCGGAUAUUGUCCAACUGGAUAUUCAAAAUCAGCAAACACGUGCAUAAUAGAUUCAUCAGAUGCAUAUGUCUAUAAUUUGAGGCCAAGCCAAAUUAAAGAUGAAGUUAUUGAUCUUCAAUCUAGUAUUGUUGCAAGCACAGGAAGCGAUAAAAGUUUCUAUCCAAACUAUAAAUCCACAGAUCCUUACGCAGCCCAAUAUCGAGGAUACUAUUUCAAUGGAAAAUCUUAUAUGAGUAUCACUUCAUCUCCUAAAGCCCUAAUUCUUGCACCUAAAUUCACUAUUUCAAUUUGGCUUAACCCUGCUGCGGCCUCUUGCGAUUUAUUUGCAAAGCAGUCAAAUUCUAUAUCUGUUUCCCAGAUUUUUAAGCUCAGCUUAUCAUCCUGAAACCCUUCAUUGAAAAUAAAGUUAAAUGACGGAUCAACCGUUAUGUACACAAGUGCAAGAAGUCUUAAUCAAAAUCAAUGAAACUUGUUGAUAGUUUCCUCAGACAUUUCAGCAACUCCAUCCCAAAUAAUUUCAUUCAGCAUAAACUCAGUUCUAGAUGUGUCAAGUGAUUUAGGCACUUCUUGAUUUGAAGACAUGCAAGACUCUUUUAAAAUUACAAUUGGCUCAUCAUUUUUGUCAUACUUAACUCUAAGCAAUUACUUCUCUGGAUUUCUUUGGGAUCUGAAAAUCAGGAAUAAAAUUGUUGAUUUUUCUUCUUUAUUCUCAAAUUCCUGUACUCAAUGCUCUUUAUGUCCUGUUGAUAAUUCGGGAGAUUGCAUUCCUAGCUGUAAGAUUUCUGAAUACUGGGAUGGAGCGCAAUGUUCUUCUUGCAAUAAUACGUGUUCAGCUGUUGGUUGUGCAAGGUAUGAUAAAUCUUGUAAUUUAUGUAGCAAUGUCCUCUGCAGCGUUUGCAACGAUUUUAUCGCUAGAUCCUGCCUUCAGUGCAAGACAAACGCUUAUUUGUCAUCUGGGGAAUGCAUAUGCAAUAACGGAUAUUUUUUAAAUAAAACUCAAGAAGCAUGCACACGAUGUGAUGCAAAUCAGUAUUCAAUCAACGGAAUUUGUAAAAACUGUCCAAAUAAAUGUACAUCUUGUUUUGAUUCAUCUCGUUGCUAUACAUGCAUAGAUAGAGCUGAGUUAUUGAACAAUAAUUCAUGCAUUUGCAAAGCUGGGUAUAAUGGAACUAAUUGUGAUGAAGUUUAUUUUGAUGCAAAAUUAUCCGUCAAUGCUGAUAAUUCCUUAAACCUUACAUUCUCUCAAAAUCUUAUGAAUAAUAUUACUCAAAAUGAGCUAUAUAUAAGUGUUGGAGGUAUUUCUUUAUCAGACUAUUCAUGGACAGUGGAAAAAUUAAAUAGUAAAUUUUAUAACGUUUCAAUGAAUUUUUCUGUUGAAGUUGAUAGCAAAACCCCAAUAAUUGUAAAAUUCAUAAAUCUAGCAUAUUUUGUAUCAGAAACAAAUGCGCUGCCUAAAAACGAUACUCUGGAAGGAAUUCUCUAUCAUUAUAAUCCAUAUUCAAGUAGUCAAGAAGCCGGUGCAAUUACUAGCCAAACAACAGCUGCAGUUCAGUCAAUUGUUGGAACUUCGCUAGCGGUUUCAUUUAUCAAUCCUAAUCCAGCUUGCUUAUGGAGUAUGCUGAAUACUCUAAAUUAUAUCUCAUACUUAGGCCUUACCAAAAUUCCAAUGAGCGAGUCACUAUAUGCUUUCAUUAUAAGUUUGAAUGGCAAUUACUAUUUACCAAAUUUAUUCGAAUUAAUAAUUGAUGAAGAUCAAGGAACAGAACCAUAUGCCCAAGCCAAGAAAUAUGGAUACGAUACUGAUUUGCUUUUAUUGAAUUCUGGAAGUGCCUUAACAACACUUGGAGCCAUUAUAGCGUCACUUCCAGUAAUUUAUUUCUUAUCACGCUGUUCUCACAGAUACUUGGCUAGAAAGCUAGCUGGGUUAAUAAAAAAUUAUAAGUGGUCAGUAUUUGUCAGAUUUUGAAUACAAAGCUAUUUAGAUAUUAGUGCUUCAGCACUUAUUGGAUUAUUGAAUGUAAGCUUUAUUUAGUUUUCAUUCGGAAAUGCAACCCAGGGUACAAAUACAUUAAUGUGUCUUGGAGUUUUUGUAAAAUUUAUUUACUCCCCCCCCUCCGUGAGUGAACAAAAAAAAUUUUGUUCACUCACGGAGGGGUUAAUUUUUUUUUUUUUAAAAAAAUUUUUUUUUCGAAAUUUAAAAAAAUCCUAAUUCGCAAAAAUUGGAAGGCAAAUAUUAAUUUAAUUUAUAAAAUUUAUGUUUUAAAGAGCAAUUCGUUUAAAAUUAAAUAGAAUUAGCUCUAGAUUUCAUUAUACUAAUUAUCAUUUAUAUAUCAAAAACUUUUUCAAUAAAAAAUUUUUUCUAUUAAAAAAAUUUUUGUUCACUCACGGAGGGUGGGUUUUUUGGGGCAAAAAAUAGCGAUUUUUCUAAUGGUUUUGUUCACUCACGGAGGGGGGGAGUUAGAUCUUUGCUUCGAUUUCUCCUGCAUUAUUUUUUAUGUUCUCUUAUAAAAACUUACCAAAAAUCCAAGAAAGAGAAAAAGGCUUUGAAAAGCUUUGGAGUUCAUUCUUUUAUGAGUUCAAAAAUGACCAAGGACUGAUGAGCACUCAAUACUAUUCUUUAUUUUUUGUAAGAAGGCUUAUCUAUAUUAUAAUUUUGACUCAGCUUGAUGACUAUCCAGCAUCUCAAGUUAUAAUUAGCACUGGGCUGUCCGUUGUAAGCGUUAUAUAUUUGAUCAGAUACCGACCUUACGAAGAGUUUAUUCUUCAAAUUGCAAAUACCAUCACUGAAAUUUUAAUCAUGAUUUUUAUGGGAUUAAUAUCUGCGAACCUCUUUGACUUAUCAUCAAGUAUGCAUAAUCAAUUUGAACUAGCGUUAUUUGCAAUUGCAAUAGGAAUUAUGGUAGUUCAAUCCGUUUCUUCAGUCGCAAUAUUUGGAAAAACAUGCUAUGAAUUAAUAAAAGAAGGAAUUCGGAGAAACUCACCGAACAAAGAUAAUGAUAAGCUAAAUGGAAAAAAUUCUAGAAAAGUCGCACAUCUUGAUGUAAGUCCAGCCAAUUCAGCUGAAAUGAAUAAUAUAAUUGAGAAUAAUUGAUUCCCUGAAGAAGAAAUCCAAAAUACCUCGGACCUGCCAAACGAAGAUCAUGCUAAAUUAAGUAGAAAAAAUUCUAAAAAAGUUGCAAAUCUUGACGAUAUUAUCCCAACCAGUCCAACUGAAAUGAAUCGUAUAAUUGAGAGUAUUAAACUUCCCGAAAUUACCGAAGAGGAUCUCGAAUAG